GAGGUAAACUGUGAUUUCUGUAUAGCUGACCUAAUCCACGGAAUAUUGCAAUUGUCCUUGCAAUGAAUCUUUUACCAUCGAUUUAAAAUUUCAGCCUUGUUCUUGCUGGAUGUCUUCAUUCAAGAGAAAAUCAGCUUCAAAGCAGCCCAGCCUCGCUCCUGGCACCCGUCUAUCUCCAUCGUCACCAUCGACCAUCAUCACUUCCACCGGUAUUCCUUCCCUUGAUGACAUCCUUGGUGGUGGUUUGCCUUCGUCCUGUUCAUUCAUCACAUUAGCGCCAGAUAGCCAUUCUGCCUAUGGAGAAUUAGUGCAGAAGUACUUCAUCGCACAGGGCCUAGCAACUGGACAGAAAAUAUGUGUCAUCGAUGACGACGCAGAGUUGCUUUUGAGAGAGUGCAUGUGGAUGCCAGGCAGUCCGUCCGCUCAUACGUCCUUGACCGUAGCGGAGGAUGAAGAUAACGAAAAAACCACUGAUAGUGGUGAUAAGAUUAAGAUUGCAUGGAGAUACGAGCAGAUGAAGAAGUUUCAGACGACUAUUACAUCAAAUUCAAUGCCCUCAGAAGAUUUUUGCUCCCCUCUUGAUCUGACUUGUCGAAUACCUCAGCCAACGCUUGACCUAGCGAAAGGAUCUGAACAGGUGCUAACAUAUCCGGUUAGCUCUGAAGAUGACGAAAAGUCCACACGGGGUGCCAUAAGAAACAUCAGGAAGGUUUUAGAUACUAUAGAGGGGCCCUCGUCUAGGCCCCUUCGAAUAUGCAUACCUUCUCUUGGAUCUCCACAGUGGGGAGAUAUGGAGCCGCAGGAUAUCUUACUCUUCUUAUAUCGUCUUCGGGCAUUGCUUCGCCAACACCCAACUACAUGCGCUUCACUUUCUCUCGCUCCUCAUCUAUGUACGGACGAAUGGGGCGGGACCGGCUGGAUACAAAAGGUAGGCUGCGACAAAUAUUCUGUGCUCCGUGGGCUAUCCUCUUCCGCCUCAGCGACAGGCGGAAGCGGUGAAAAUAAUCUUGCAUUCAAAUGUACGCGCAGGCGGCUUGUAUUCGAAACCCUGCACCUUGACUUGGAAGGCGGCGUUUCUGAAAGACGAACUGCACCUCCAACUGAGGGAACAGCUCUCGACGGCCCUGCCGCCCACACCUCCCUCGAGACCUUCACUUCAAAUCCGAAGCAGGCUCUUGCCACUAUCCAAGUAGAGUUGGAAGCUGUCAAGUCAUCAGCAGGUGGUGAUGUAGGAGCGGUUGAUAGUUUAGAAACAACAGAGCGAGUGGUGGCACCACCUACAAAGGGGAAAAAGCCCAAGAAAAAAGUAGCAUUUCACUCCGAGCGACCAGAUUUGUACGAUUUUUGAAGGUCAUGCAGUCUCCUCAUGUAGAGCGGCGAGAUUUACCCUACGAUCUGAUCUCUU